AUGUUACUUGUAACAUCACCCAUCGAUGAACUACCUAACUCGGAGGGCUUGGGCAGUGUCGAGCACCAGCAGGCUGAGGCCAGCCACAAUCAAGCAGUAAUAUCUGCACAGGCUCGACAAAGACGGAGGAUCGCGCAGCUGGAGGAGAAGCUAUUGGCUCUCAAAUCAGGGUGUGCCGCUAAAGAAAGGCAGACUAACUAUUACGUGGCUCAAGGAAGAGCAAUUAGAUGUAUGGUUGCUCUUUUCAAUAGCCUUGAGGAUCUAGUUGCCGAAAAUGACCGGAGGUAUGACGUUGAAGAGGAUGCAGAAACUACCACUGAUCAAGAUCGGUUGCAGAUAGGCUACAUUACGUUCACGAAUACCUUGCGGUGGUUCUUCAAGAAGGCCACAGAGCUGGAGUACGAAGAAUAUGCACAAAUGUUAAAAAUGGUUCAUUUGCAUUAUGUCAAUGAUCAUCUUACUUUUACUGAACUAUGUUUUCAGCUUCGGCAAGGGGCUGAUGCUGCUCAAGGGGAUGAUACCUCCAAACUGAAGGUUCUCGUUUCCGAGUGGGUCAACUGUGAAUUCAAGCCCGAUCCUCUGGUCGAUCCAGACGACAAACAUUCGUGCGGGUUUACCAAUGAUGCAUGUGGUAGGCUACUUUGUUCUUUGGAACUUGAUUGGAACAAUCCAACUGUAAAGGCAGGCAUUCGAGAUUGCGCAGAUGGCCACAUCGUAACCGACCUCUCCUUUCCAGCAUUUGUAUAUGAAAAAUACACUGCAAAACCUGAUGAUCUGGAGGAGGGGCUAUUCAAGGGAAAAAUCCUUCUUCAGGCAUACAAAGCAGUAUUUACGUCACCUUCCUCAGCUAAAGACGUCGACGGCGAUGGCGAUGGGGUUGACAUCAUUCAAAACAACCAACGCACUAGGAAAUCCUUCAAUGGACUCAAGGUCAAGAAGCAUGUCCGAUUUGCACUAUCUUCAGUCACUUCCUGGCGAUCCAUUGACGGAGACUUCGACUAUGUCCAAUUUUGGCAGACCAUUGUCGACUUCUUUGAAAAGGCUCCUGGUCGAGAAGCUCAGUGCCGCAUAGAUAGGCUUCUGGAGUGGUGGACUAGGUGCAUUUUUGACUGUCCCAGCAAGCCUUAA